AAAAUUUUUAAAAAACCCAAACUUUAAAUUUAUUUGCUAUAUUCUGUCAAAUCAAUACAAACAAAGAAGAUGAAGACCAUCAUAGCUAUAACAGUCAUCAUCAUCCUAAUCUCAGCAAUUAAUUGCGACGAAGUAAAACAAGAAAAUCUCAGAAAAUUCAAGAUCGAUUUAGAAUUCUCAGAAAAAAUCUAUAAAGUAGCUAAAGAAGUAGAACAAUCAGCUAAAGAAUUGUUUGACAAAGUCCAAUAUGAGUUUGAAGAGUUUGUUGUUGGAAUCAAUAAUCUAAAAACUCAUCUUGAUUCGUUGCUUGCUGAACUGAUAAAAAUUGAUGAAGCUUUCUCAGCUGCUUUUCAAUACAAGGCUAAAGUAAACAAAACUGCAGCAUUAGCUGAUGAAAAAUUCAAGGAAGCGAAAAAGAAUCUUGAUGCUGUAAAGACAAGUGAAGACCGAGAAAAAAUUGACAUAGCCACAAAGGAAUAUGCAGCAUAUAGCCGUGAAAAGCUUUUGAGUGAACAGGCUUUGAAGAAAGCUGAAGAAGCCUUAAUCAAGUUUGGAGCUGAACUUGAUGAUAUAAAAACAGCUGUUAAAAUUUCUCAGGAAGCUUACGAUGAAGCUCUCAUUCAAAAACAGCAAAAACAGUCAAAACUUAUAAAAUUGAAAGAAAAUUUUGAGGCAAAGAUUAAUGAACGAAUUCAGGCUGAGAAAGCAUACAAUAAAGCUAAAGCUGCAAUUGAAUUGAAUCCCGAUCUAGAUGCUUCAGGACUUUAUGAUAAGAGAAAUGGAGCUGCAUCUUUUGGAAUCAAGCAAAUUGUUGGAUUUUUCUGUUCACUUUUAACUGGUGCUGUUGCUGCUGGAUUGAUAAUGUGAGAUGAGGCUGAAAACUGAAGGAAUUUAUCUAAAUUUUGAAUGCGUUCUCUGAUGAAUGUUUAGGAAGUUGUUUGGAAAUAAAAUUGUAUUGUUUCAUUCUGUUUCUUUCUUCAGCCUUUGAUCCUUCUAUUCUUUUACACAAAUGAUG